AUGCCAACGCAUUGGGAUUGGGACUGGGAUUGGCCACAUGAUCACUUUUGGCAUUGGCCCUCCACGCGUCUCUGGCCCAUCGAUAGUUUCAGCUAUCAUGCCAGGUGUCCGACAUCGCGUCGCUGGAAAUCGACCUUUGGCCAUCACGACAUCGAUGUAGAUGUGUGUGCGCGCGAUUGGCACAUACAUCAUUGGAGCGACGACGGACCUUGGUGUCAUCGUUCGUGCUUGGCCAGUCGUGUGACCAUCGAAAGGGGCGAUGAGCCGGACAGCUUGGGCAAGGGCACCUUCAAGGUUGUUAUCGAUGUGCAUCACUUCCGCGACGAUGAGCUCGUGUUGAAGGUGCGCAACAAUGACACCAUUGUAUUGACGGGCAAACAGAAGGACGAUCGCGGUGAGAAGAGCACGUUCUGCAUUACGCGCGAAUUUACGCGAAAAUACAAGCUUCCGAGAAAUUAUGAUGCCACGCUGGCCAAAGCUACUCGUUCCACCGAUGGUAUAUUGACAAUUAUAGUGCCCGCGCCACCGCCACUGGACGAUGUAGAGCGGGUGGUGGAUAUUGAGCCAACGGGCGCAUACUUCGGCACGACCAGCAAUGAUGCAGACAAAAAUGCGAAAGCUAUUGAGAAUGGGGCGGACAAUGAGGAGGAGGAGGAGGCAGGCGAUGAGCCGAAUGCAGGUGAAAGGGAGAAUUCGAAGAAAGCGCGUUUCGACUCAACGGGAGAUUCAAAAUGAAAUUCAAUGCAGGCGGCUGUUUUCACAAGAUGGCGAAGCAGCUUUAAGAAUCAUUUCAAGAAAUGGUGGAUUUGGAAGGAGGGUAAAGGAAAGCGGAAAAUCAAAUGCAAGUGAUGGCAGGCAGCAGUAGUUUCGCGCUGGUAAAGGCCAGUUUAAUAAAAGUAACAAUAUAAAUUUGUCUGAAGUGAUACGAAUCACAAUCACCAAUGAUUUAAUAAUAACUUCACGACUACUCUAAACCUAGCACGGUGUUCCUUAUAUCACUUACAUAUGUAUGAAAACAAAUAAAAAAAAAAAGUUUCUUGCGCACAUACCUGUAGCUGGCACCAAUAAAUCUACCAAUAUUCAUAAAACUUAUACU